AUGUUCCCAUUCAUAACGAGAUCUCUAGCGUUGAGGUCGACUCAAAUAACGUCCGCUAGAGCAUUCCAUUACUUAAGGAAACUUUAUGAACCAUUACCACCAAAAAGAAAUGGAGAAAGUGUAAUGAAAUAUAUACAUAAACAAUUAUUAGAAAAACAUGAUCCAACAGGUAAAAGAAGAGAAUUAAUAAAUUAUUCAAAAGGUUUAAGAUCAGGAGAUAUAAUAAAAAUAACAUAUUUAGAUAGAUCAGAUGUUACAGGUAGAAUAAUAGCAAUCAAAAGAGGUCAAUUAAAUAUUGGAUCAAAUAUAUUAUUAAGAACUAAAUUAAAUAGAAUUGGUUCUGAAAUUAGAAUUCCAAUUUUUAAUCCAAAUAUUAGAAAUAUUGAAAUUUUAUAUAAACCUGAAAAAUAUAUGCCUAGAGCUGCUCAUUAUUAUAUAAGAGAAUCAAGAAAAGAUGUUGAUGAUGUUGAAGCUUUUGUUAGACGUCAAAAUGGUGGAGAUAAAAAGAAGAAAUAA